UUUUGUAAUUACAUUCAUUCGCGGAGCUUUCGUUCUUCCCUUCUCUCAAUACAACACAAGACAAGACGCUGCUGUUUUAUUUCAUUAAAUAAAUUUCACCGUCCCGACACCCAAGGAUUUCUUCAUGGUCCUUCGAGCAACGUGAGCAUAGUGUGCAGCUCAUCUACAGGUGUUUGCGGCCAAAACGGUGCGACGGAUCAGCACGAUUUUUGCGUCAGAAGUUUACGUCGGGCAAGUUUGUGAGUCCAUUCCAGUCGCCAUUAUUCCUGAGCAACGCGGUAAGAUUGUACUUCAUUCAUUCACUCAAUCAUCGUUGCCGCGGCGGAAGGACACACCGACGUCGAAGUGUUCAAAACCGGAGAAAGCAAUCUUCAUCUGCGUGUAACCGAAUUUACAAAGAAGAACUUCAAUAGUGUUCGUUUAUUUGUAACGAUUUUAUUUCGUCAAACUCGCCGAAGACAAAGGACAACGCAAUACAAAUAAAAUUGCUAUCUCACUCACUCAUAGCAUAUUACGGAACAUUAAUAUUGCUACAAAAAACGCGAUGUUCGGAGUGAAGUGAGCGAUUUUUAGCAAUCAACGUUGUCGUUCAAUACAAUCGAUCUCGAUCCCAAUCUUAACAGGAAUUGUAUUGCAUCAUUUUUUUACCACGUUUUCGUAUACCGAGCGACCAUAUUUUUUUCAGGAAAAGUAAAUUUAAACAAUUCAGUACUUGUUUACGUAAUUAGUCAGCAAUAUGGCAAGCGACAACGAGCUAUUUAACAGGCGGAAAUAUGUGAAAGGCACGAUGACGCGCCUACGCAACUCGCUAACGUCGGAAUUCCUCGCGUCCGCAUCCGAACAAAUGUUACGCACGAAGCAAGAACAUGCCCAGUCCAUCUUCAAGGAGUAUAUAGACCUGACUGUUCAGGUCAACGACGACCAUGAUCCCACUCCUGUUGAAGAGGCCUACUUUGUGUGUAUGGACUUACUGCGCACUACUUUGCAGUCAAGAUUCGGGACGACGGCGGCGGCGGCAAAGCCAAGUGGCGGUUCUAAUAACGUCACGUCCAAGUUAAAACUCCCUGAUAUCCAAAUACCACCAUUCGACGGCAAGUACCUAGAAUACAAACCUUUCAUCGAAUUGUUUACGGCGCUUGUACAUAACGAUUCUAACAUUGUUGACAUUCAAAAGUUUGUGUAUUUACGUGGUUUUCUAAAAGGAGAAGCCUUCGAUCUUAUUAAUAAUUUACCAAUACAAGGCUCAAGUUACAGUGAAGCAUUGACAAUCCUGCGUGAUCGAUAUGAUAAUAGUCACAAAAUUGUAUUUGAACAUAUAUCCAAGUUAUUGGAUCUUGCCUCGAUACCCAGGCCAAAUGUAACCAUGUUACGUAAUUUAAUUUCUGUUGCAAAACAGCAUGUAGCAGCUCUAAAAAAUUUAAAUGAACCCGUUGACAAAUGGGACAGCAUACUUGUAUGCAUUCUAUCUCGCAAACUCGACCCAGUCACUAAUAGAGCUUACUGUUUGGAUAGGAACUCAUCUCAAUCCCCAACUUUUACAGAUUUCAUAAAAUAUCUUGAAACAAGAGCUCUAGCUCUCGAAAACUCGAGCAACAAUGAUGUCAUCGGCGCUAGGAAAGUACAAGCUACUGCUGCAGUAACAAAUAAUCAUGUAGCUAAGUGCUAUUACUGUGGCGUUGCUGCCCCAGCUUGAGGACCAGCACAAUGAGCUCAGCGAUCCCGCGACACCCCGACUCGUUCACACGCAGUUUGGUUAUUUGGUUGCAGGAAAAGUCCCCGUACAGUCUCCCCAUGAACUUCAGAGUACCCCUGUUUCUUUGUUUUGUCAAGAAUGUAAAACAGACUUAAAUUCUAAUGUUAUUCAGUUCUGGAAAUCUGAGGCUGUACCAGAAAUAUAUCCUGAGCACCCCACGUCUGAACAAAAAUAUUGUGAGGAAUAUUUUAAUGAAACGGUUCAACUUGUUGACAAUAAAUUUGAAGUCUCAAUGCCUUUAAAGAUUCCAAUUUACGAUGUAAACAAUACUUUAGGGAAUUCUCUAGUUCUCGCUAUGCGCAGAUUUUUGAAUUUAGAGAAAAGGCUCCAUAAAGAUGAAGCUUUGUUCAAAGAAUAUCAAAGUUUUAUUCAUGAAUACAUAGACCUUGGCCAUGCCAGCUAUGUCGAUAUUUCUAGUUACGAUUUUAACAAAGAUGCGGUAUACUUUAUGCCACAUCACCCUGUCAUACGUGAAAAUGCAGUUAGUACUCGUUUACGUACAGUAUUUGACGAAUCUAU